AUGAUAAAAUUGCCUUUAAAUUGGAGUUACCUGGUACAGAAAAUAAAAAAGAGAAAGCCAGAUAAAGUGCUAAAAAUACAAGAUAAAGAAAAAAAGCAUAUAUAGAGAGUUUAGAGUAAAAGGUUUAAAAGUUAUUAAAAGUGUGAGGUGGCUCAAUUAACAGGUUAAAUAAAUCAAAAUAAAAGAAUUGACUAAAAGCCAAGUCUUAUGUCAUUAAUGGAAUAGUUUUUAAUUGAUAGAAAGUAAUAAUUUGACAUGCUUGAAAAAGCGUAUUAAGAAAAUAAUGAAGCCAAUAUAAAAGUCAUAACAAAUUCAUUAAGAUUUAAAUAUGGUAUAGCAGGUUAAGGUCGUUAAAUGGCUAUAAAUAAAUUAUGCGAUAUGUUAGUAGAAUUAUUACUGCCAAUGCAUAUGAGAUAUUUAUUUUGGGUGGCAUCGGAAGGUUGGCAUUAAUUUAUUAUUUCAAGAUUUGGAUAUUUUUAAUAGAGAAAGAUAAUCAGGAGAGUUUUAAUCAAACGAUAUGAGUGAUAGUUAACUUAAUUGUUUAAAUUCCUUUGGGUUAGAUGAUGAAUAAAUUCUCAAAAUUUAAAAUAUGCAAUCAUCUAUUUAAGAAUAAAGAUAAUACUAUGAUAAUUUAAUUCUUGAAAUUUUUAAAAUUUAAAAUUGGAUAACAAAAGAAAGUUAAAAGUGCUAAUAAAUUGCUGAUGAAAUAUGGGAUAUACUAGAACCAAAAUAAGCUGCAGGACUACUGAUUUCAUUAGAUAAAGUAUAUAUAAAUUUUUUAAAGUAGAAUCGAACUGAAUAGUUUAAAGAAAAAAAAGUCUAUCCAGAUUGCGUAUUAUUAACAUUGUAGAAAAAAGCAAAGCAACAGAUACAAAGAAAAUAAUCCACAUAUUUUGAAAUGAAGCGAUAAAAUAAAUAAGAGGAAUUAGAAAUGUAAAAUUAUUUUUAAUAAGAUUUUAUCAAUUGA